AUGACUAACGACGACUUGACACCCUUAUCAAACUAUUUUAAACUUGAGAGUCCUGCUCAACUUCAAGAGAUUCUCAGCGUCGAUUUAGAGAAGCUCAGCGUGCUUUAUUUUCGAGCGGAAUGGGCUCAGAUUUGCAAAACCGCCGAUCCGAGGUUCAAAUCUCUAGCAGCUAAAUGGAACGCUGCCAUAUUCCUAGAAAUCGAAGCCGAGACUUUACCAGAAGUAUCCGAAUCAUUCGAUGUUUCCUCAGUACCUUGUUUCAUCGUACUCAGAGGGCAUAAACUUUUGACAAAGAUCGUGGGAGCUCAAGUAGAUCGAUUAGAAGCCGAUGUGGAGAAGUUUUUGGAACUUGACUCUAAUCGAUCUUCAAAUUCUACUAAUGGGAGAUAUGAACCUAUCAGUAAUACCACUCAAGCACCCGAACCACCAAUGGCCUCUACCGCUUCAAGAUCUCACGAGAAUAAAUCUGCAAAUGGUGAAGAAAGUGAGGAAGAGGUCUUUGCGAGAUGUCGGAAGCUGAUGCAACAGUCAAAAGUUGUACUCUUCAUGAAGGGUGACCCACAAGUUCCUCGCUGUGGCUUUUCACAGCAGACUGUUAAGAUCUUGAAAGAUUUAAACAUUGAGUUUACAACCUUUGAUAUCUUGACAGAUGACAGCAUCAGACAAGGGAUGAAGAAGCUCAAUUCUUGGCCUACGUUCCCUCAAUUGAUCAUCAACGGAGAACUUGUAGGAGGACUUGAUAUCUUGAAAGAAAUGAUGGAAAAGAAUGGAAAGGAGACGAGUGAAUUGGAGGAUUUACUGGCUGAUUGACCUAGACAGAGACACCAUUGUUCGGCCUUUCAAGCAUUCAAUUCUUUGAUUCCGAAGUGUAAAGUACAUACCGUAUCAUGCGUGAGUUGAAGUGGCAUCCAAUGAUGUACUGAUAAUGUACCUUGAUGUCUACCUCCUUACGUGUC